CCAGCAGCGCGCCGCCUCCGCCGCCUCCGCCGCCGAGACCUCGCCCGACUCUUCGGUCUACGAGCCCGCCAGUCCGGGGCACGAUCUCUUCUCUGCACAGUACGGGUUCGGGGCGAGCGAGUUGAGUUUCAACUCACAUUACAACUUCAGCCCACGACCAGGAGGUGCGAGCAGCGCCGGCCUCGACGUGUCGUCAGCUGAUUCUACGACUUACGACCAUCAUAACAGGUCGUGCAUGGAUGGCCCCCCUCUGGACCCUGGGGGGGACUCAUCCCCCCCCUCCUCGUCCCCCUUCUCCCCCUGCCGGGGGGACCGUCAGUGGAAGACGUCCGAGGCCGUGCCCGCGGCCUGGCAAUACCGCAAGGCAGUGGGGGGAUUGAGAAGUCCCCCCCUGGUGGGGGGCAGCUGCUCCCCCCCGGACGUGCCUUUGCAGGGGGGGAGCCUGAGCCACGACAUGGAGGUGCUCAUCAAGCAGGAGGUGGACGGGCUGGACGUGGGGGGCCUGCAGUCCCCACACGUCACGGGGGACGAGGGGGACGAUGGUGCCUCGUCAGACCUGCUGGGGUCAGUGGACAGCACGACGGUAUUACCCUUCCUGUCAUCGGGGGAUGGCUCCCCCCAGCCCAACGCCCCCCUGGUCCCCCACCAGUACCAGGGGGGUGACCUGCAUGACUUCCACCCCCACCACCUCCCCCAGCACCACCAGCACCUCCAGCACCACCAGCACCACCACCAGCAGCACCAGCAGCAGUUGGUGCAGCGGGAGUUCACCAACAACAUCCCUGGCUUCAUCCACAUGACCAACCAGGAGCAAGCCAUCCGCACCUCCGCCAUGUUGUAUGAGGACAUCAUAGCGGGCUAUGAGACAGACGAAGUAAGCAACGUGUUGGCUCGUCUCCUCGGCAGCGCCAUGCGGGAGAGCGUCGAGACGCUGGGGCGCCGGGCACCGCUGCAAGACAACGCUAACUACUUCGCUAAAAUGAGACACGAGGACGUGUGGAUGGACACGGCGCGGACGCUGGCGGACGUCAUGCAACUUAUCAUCGAAUUUGCGAAACUCGUUCCGGGCUUUAGGAAGUUCCCGCAGGCGGACCAGAUCAACCUGCUCAAGUGUGGCGGAGGCUUCGAGAUCGCGCUGGUAUGGAUGAGCCGCAACUAUGACCUGCAGAAGGACUGCGUGCUGUACAACAACUGCUACGUGCCCGCCUCCAGCUUCGCGACCAAGGACAAGCUCGAGGAGGCCCUCGUCAAGGAUGUGUACCAGUUCGGCCACACGCUGGCCCAGCUCAAGCUCUGUGAGAAGGAACUGGGGCUCUUCGCGGCCAUUGUGCUGCUGCAGGCUGGUAAAUAUGUGUGA